AUGAUGAUUAUUUUGUGCUACCAGCUGUUCACAGCAUGGAUUUUGCGGCACGACUUCAGGUAUGUCUCCUUACAAGAGCCAAAUAACACAAGCUCACUACGGAGUAACUGGUUGUUGACUUGUUUCUCAGAGUUCUGCACUACUGGCUGUCAGUCCAAUUGUAUCGAACAUCCUGCACCACCGGGGGGGCGGCGAUCAAAAUGCCACCAGACAAGCGCUCGUGAUUUACCAGUUGACGGCUUGACACACAUCAACUAUGCCUUCGCCUACAUCGACCCUUCCAGUUUCGAAAUCACCACUAUGGAUGCACAGACACCGGCGAAGACCUUUCAGGAUGUUGUCGACUUGAAGGGCAUCAAACCCUCGCUUCAGAUAUAUGUGUCCAUCGGCGGAUGGACAUUCAGCGAUAAUGGCACAGCAACACAGCCCGUGUUUGGCAACAUUGCCCGAACUGCUGCCAACCGUCAGAAAUUUGCGCGUGCCUUACUCAAGCUCAUGAAUCGGUACGGCUUUGACGGUGCUGAUCUUGACUGGGAGUACCCAGGCGCACCAGACCGCGGGGGCAAGCCGGAUGACACCAAGAACUAUGUCGAGCUGUUCAAGACGCUACGAGAGGCAUUUGACAAGUCAGGUAGAAGGCUGGGCCUCACCUUUACUGCCCCUUCUUCGUACUGGUACUUGAAGUGGUUCGACCUGCCAGGCUUGAUGAAGUAUGCCGAUUGGUUGAAUCUGAUGUCGUAUGACCUGCAUGGAGUGUGGGAUGGAGACAAUCCGAUCUGUUUGCUUGCUGACAUCACGCUCCACGGCGGGAAUAUUUCAACAUCCCCCCAUCCCCAAGUCGCGCUCGGUUUCGGAUUCUACGGCCGAGCCUUCACGCUCCCAAAUCCCUCCUGCACGAAACCUGGCUGCCCCUUCAAAGGUGGUGCCGAGAAAGGUGUCUGCACCGACCUUGCCCACCACGAGGUCCAAGACAUCGUCGCCAAGCAAAACAAGAAGAAGCGUACCAUCCAAGUGAUUCACGACAGAGAGGCCGCCGUCAAGUACUUCUCCUGGGACAACGACCAGUGGAUCUCGUUCGACGACAGGGAGACAUUUGCGCAAAAGGUCAAAUGGGCUGACAGCCUCGAACUGUCCGGUUCGCUGAUCUGGGCGUCAGAUCUCGGUGACUAUGACAACAACGCGCACAAGGCCUUGACGGGCAAUGAAAAGCUUGGGAAGCGAGGGAGCCUGGAGCAGGUGAAUGACAUGGAAAAGGUCAUCACCGAUACCAGUUCGUUUCUGGGGCAAGGCUGUGAGAUGCUGGACAAGAUUGAGGAGGAUAUCACAGCUUACAAGGGGGCGCUGGAGUUGAAGACGACGAAAGAGCUUGUUGGGUAUGAUGCUCAUGGCUGCAAGGCCAAGAAGGUGAGCCUGAGUUCUCUCUCACGCAAAACCAAGCCAACCGUUUUGGGAGUCUGGUUUGGGAUGGGAACUGACUACCUAACUGGACUGAAGCAUGGUAUGCUCGUUCCUUUCCGAGAAAUCUCCAUUUCCCUUUAG